AUGUUCUUUGAUCAUAACCUCCAAAAGCUAUGGGAAACAAAUGCUAAGCUUUUUUUUAAUUUGGAUCGGCUGAAGAUGUUUUUGUUGUGCAUUUCAACAACUUCAACAUAUCUUUUCGGUCUUACUGUAAAACACUGUUCAAGACAGUAUCUUGUAAUUGGGAGUAAGAUUCUCAGGAUUCUCAAGGCACAUGGGCUUGCUCCUGAAAUCCUAGAGGAUUUAUACCAUUUGAUCAAGAAGGCAGUUGCUAUCAGAAAGCAUUUGGAGAGGAACAGGAAGGACAAAGAUUCCAAAUUCAGGUUGAUUCUUGUUGGAGCAGGAUUUACAGACUUGCUCAUUACUACAAGAAGACCAAGAAGCUUCCACCUGUCUGGAAAUAGUAUGUUCCCAAAAUUUUAUUUUAUUACUUAUUUCCAUCAUUGA